ACCCUGGCAACCUCUGUUGUUCAAGUGUUUCUGGCAAAGAAUGGAAACUCGUGGGUGAAACAUUGUUGCGGUGUAGCCUGCUUUGUGAAGGAUAAUCCUAACAGGUCUUACUACAUAAGGGUAUAUGAUAUCAUUAAACAUGCAAUGGUUUGGGAGCAGGAACUUUACAAUCAGUUUAGAUACAAGAAGCCAAGGCCAUUUUUUCAUACAUUUUGUACAGACUCAUGUUGGGCUGGUUUGAAUUUUGCCAAUGAUAUUGAAGCUGAGAAUUUUGGUGGAGUUAUUAUUGAGAAGAUUAGUAUGAAGCAGCAACGGAGAGAAAAACGUCGCACUGCGCCACCGGUUCCACCAGCCAACUCGACUAAUAAUACUGCACCGCCUUUGCCUGUCCAUCGAAGUCAAUCGGCGAGAGCACCUGCUCGACCCGCACCUAAACUUUCUUCCCCAAGUUUACGAGAGGUUCACCAUACACCCAACCAGAUAAGCAAUGACAAUAAAGAAAGGAAGAAAGACAAGAAAAACAAAGGGAAGAAAGGAAAAAUAACCAAAGCGGACAUUGGUCUUCCAUCAAAUUUUCAACAUGUUAGCCAUGUUGGAUGGGAUCCAGACAAAGGAUUUGAUACCAAUAACAUGGACCCGACAGUGAAAGGCUGGUUUGAAUCCAUAGGUGUAACAGAAGCUUUAUUAAAGGAUAAAAACACAGCUAAAUUCAUUAAUGACUUCAUUGAGGAACACGGUGGCAUUGAUGCUGUCAAAAAAGAAGCUGAGCGUAUCAAACCUGAUGCACCUCCUCCACCACCACCAUCAGAUCGUUUUUCUCAACCACCUCGUCGAGAAAGUGCAUUGCCACCCCCACCACCAUCUCGUCGAGACUUGCCUCCUCCUCCUCCCUCAAGAGACAGCAGAGCCAGCCCACGUCCCCAAAGGGCACCAGCUCCUCGUCCACCAUCACAGUCCUCCCGAGGCCUUCCUCCAUUACCCCCCAACCCAAGUCAACCACCCCCAAUUUCUAGGCCUGGACAAUCACGUGGUCCACCACCUCCUCCAGUAGGUGGUGGUGGUGGUGGUCCUCCUCCCCCACCUCCGCCUCCUCCACCAUCUGCUGUUGCUGCACCACCACCCCCGCCACCUCCUGUACCCUCGGGUGGUGGACCUUCAAUGGGUGGGGGCGGAGGAGGAGGUAGAUCUGAUCUUUUAAGUCAGAUCCAGCACGGAAGAGAUUUGAAACCAGUAGAACAGAACAAUACUCCCAAGGACACACCAAGAGGGGCAUUACUGGAUCAAAUUAGAGGUGGCAAAAAGCUAAAGAGGGUUAGUAUGAAUGAAGAACGCCCAAAUAUUGCCAAAAACGAGUCCAUAAAUCAUUUGGGCAGCUUGCUAAGCAAGGCCCUGGAUGACAGGAAAAAAGCUAUGCAGUCAGAUGAUAGUGAUUGUGAAGAAGAUGAUGAUUUCGAAGAUGAUGAUGAUGAAUGGGAAGAUUAAAAGCAUUUAAAACAUACCACACUGUUUAUUUGACUAACACUAUAUAUAUAUAUAUAUACAUAUAUAUAUAUAUAUAUAUAUAUACAUAUAUAUAUCUGAUAGAUUGGACAGGGCCUAAGUGACACUGAAGUUAAUGCCAACAGUUCUCUUGCACUUUAAAAUGUGAGGUGUCGUGACAAAAUGAUUUGUGUUGUUCGCUAGGACAAUUUGAUAUAAUAAUAAGGUCAUAUUUUGACAAAAAUUGAACUUCAGUAUUUUUGAGGUUUUAUAUGUCCACUUCAGGAUAGCAAAGGUUCUGAGUUUAUUUAUAUGUUAAAAGUGUUUUUGAGGCACAUUUUGUAGAACUGUAUUGCUUAAAUUUAGAGGCGAUUUUCUCUAACAUAUUUUUUCAGACAAAAUGAUUUUACUCCAGUUGUACUCAAUCCUGGAAGUUAAUUCAAAUAACAAAAUAAAACUUAUAGUGUCAUCUAUCAAAAUAUAUAAAUCACAAAUUUUCCAUAUUUCGACUCAUUUUCUGACGACAUCUAUCAAAUGUCUAAUGCUUACUGUCUGAACACUCCAUAGAUUUAUCUAACCAAAAUAGAAGAUUCUGUUUGGUAAAUUAAUCUUAUAAUUUUCAUUUUUAAUCAUUUAGCUAAGUUUAUUAUACAUUAUGACAUUAGCUUACAGCACUGGCCCAUAGUUCCUCAUUGAUGAAAAUAUAAACUUUAAUGUACUUGGAAAUUCUUUAAGUUAAUAGUACAGUCCACAUACAAUGGGUAUUAAAGGCUUUACUACUUAGUAAAAUAAUAAUUCUUAAGUAUUAAAUUUAUAUUGAAUUGAAUUCUUUAAUUUUUAGUCCUUUUUUCAGGUAUUAAUAAAUUUCAUUUACAAAUGAUCAGGGGAAGAUUUUUUUUUUUUUGGGGGGGGGGAGGGGGGGGGGCUUCUCCCUCCCACUUUUUUGGAGCGCAAAAAAAAAGGGGGAAAAAAUUAUCUACUUUGCAUUGUCAUAAUACCGCAGCUGCUAUCGAUAGAAAAAAUACAUAACUAUCAGAAUUCUAUCAUGACGUAUUGUGAUCAUCUUGAUUAAUAUCAGCUUCGCUUCUUUUGAUAAAUUUUCUUCAAGCUCACAACAUGUUUUUUAGGCAUUAUGAUGUAAAUUUUUUUGUUAACAAUUAAAAUUUUUGUUAAUAUUGAUUAGAUAUAUUUAAAGUUAAUAAAGAUAUAUAUAUAUAUAAACAGUUUAACUCUUGAUAAUUUUAUUUGUAUUUUUUUUUUUAUAUUAAUACACUAAUAGCAUUGCAUUAUAGGAAAUGUAUUAUAUUAUGCCUGAGAAAUUUGCAUACCAAUCAGUCGUAGAGGGCAGUAUAUGAUGUUUUAAGAGGACAUUGCAAAAUAUUGUAAAAAUAAUGACAGGGAUAUAAUAUAGAUUUUUUUUUCUCUUUUUUUUCUUUCUUUAUAGAGGACGUGGGGUUUUUAUUGGCAUUAAAUGGGUUUUUAACUGAAGUUUAAAAAGAAAUUAAAAUGAUGUACGAUUUCCAAAUUGCUA